UUAUUUAAAAUCAUUGUUAAAUUGGAAAUUAGAAACAAUUUGAAUUGUAAAAUUCGUUCCAAUUUGAAUAGCUUCAAACAUGGAUUUUGCCUGUAACAUGGCAUUCAUAAGAUCGAACAUUGCCUGUUGCAGAAAAGAAAGUUUACCUGUCGUAUUAGGCCCCAAGCAGUUGACAUUAGAAAAAAUAUUUUCGGUAGCAAUAUUAUCUGGGGUUACAGGUAUAUUUUUAUUUUCUACCAGUUUUGUUUACCCCCCAUGUUAACGAUCAUUUUCGAACUACCAACAUUAGGUGAACUAAUGUUCGAACGAACCUGUUACCUGUGCAUAUGUUAAACGGGUAUGCAACGGAGUGGUGGAAAAAUUUGCUGGUACAGCGGGGCUUGGAGAAUUAUGUUUUGAAGUUUGUUUUGAUUGGGAAACUGAAUUUUGUUUACCUUGCCUUGCCUUUUUUUUUUCAAAGGUGGCGGGGAAAUCUGCAAACAGACACCUGAGAAAAGAACUCAGGGUGUGGGGAUGAGACUUGGGGAGAGAUGCUGGGGUAGUUACACUCCCCCAGACACCUACUGGUCCCUGUCCCGACCCACUAAAACCCCUCCAGUCUCCAGCCCUGGUCUUCCCGGAACGACGGUUAAGUAUUACGUCGGGAAGUGACUUUUGUGCGUGAUGCACCCUCUUUACUCUCAUAACCUCCUAGCUAACUACCUGGAGACCACUGGCGUGUUUGUGAUUGACCCGCCACACACGUUGUAGCUCCAGGACAAUCUGGGAGGCGGCCGCACACUACUAUGAACUAUGAACUAUGAAAAAACUUUGUUACAGCUACAAGGGCCCACGCUACAAGAGGGUGUUAAGCAUAUAUUUUAAAACCAUUUAUAUGAGUAUACGUUUUAGUCGGAAAUUCUCAGCACAGCUUUAAGAGUGUCUGUACAGCUUAAUUGAGAACUUAAAUGACAUAAAAGCGAACUUAAGACGUCAUUCAAAGGAUCGCUUGGGAUUAUAAAAAAACUGCGUUUGUAGACAAUGACGAACACAAAAACAAAAAAUGUAAAUAUAAAUUAUAUCAACUGAAUCUUUGAAACAACUUAAAACCAUCAUGAAACCGUUUAAGUUCAACUCAUGUACAUACAAUAUUCUCUUACUACCAUGAAUAAAUAUCAUUUUUUUGGUAAUAUUGAGCUUAAAUGUGCAUGCCAAGAUAAUUUUUUGGUGAAUCUUGCUAUUAAACUACUAAAUAAAGCAAGCCCCUUGAUAACAAUGUGAAAUUACAUUUAAAUUUUUCUGAAAAAAAAAUGACCAAGCACCAAGCGAUAUGUCAUUGCAUCUUUUAAAUUAGUACUAAGUUUGAAUAUCAUCUACCACAAUCAGCAUUACGCCUCUUACAUUACGAAUUUCUGAAUAUCAGGUGAAUUUUAUGUAACAUUUCGAUUUUGGAAUAUAUCAUGGCGUACCGAGCAGCAACUCGGCGACUUACACAUUUCCUGAUAGUAAUGGAUUCUGCUGUGGUAAGUUCUUUAGGUCUCGCCUAAACUCUUUAAGCUCAAAAAGCUAUGCACUGGUUUUAUUACGGCCUCUUUAGAAUUCAUUUCCCUUCACGAUACCUUAACAAAACUGAAACCAGAAAUACUACUCUUAAUCUGCGCUAUAUGUCUCUGCUAAAAAAACUUAUAAAUUUUAUGGCAGCACGGCACCAGAUCAAAUACACUCAACAGCUUUUUUAUCUGAUGCUACUGUCACAAACAGCGUUGCCAGGUAUCCAGAUUUAGCUGGAUUAUCCAGAUUUUUGAACAUGUAUCCAGGUAAACAGAUUUGAUGUCCAAUUAUCCAGAUUUUUCAUGAAUGAUCCAGAUUUUAUCCAGAUUUUAUUUUCUCUGUUCCGCAAAAAGGUCAUCACUUCAAAUUUGGCGCGAAAUUUUGCAAUUUUGUCACCUUAAAUUUUACGUACCUCAAGACUUAUAUCCGAAGAAUUUAACUUUCACCCCACGAAAUGACUUCCAGAUUUUUUCCACAUUUUUUUUUUGCCUUUUCCAGAUUUUUAAAAAAAUGACCUGGCAACGCUGGUCACAAACGUAAACAAAAGUGUUCCGUCUGCAACUAAACGUGUUGAUUGAGCUUUCUACGUGAGAAAAUUAAAGAUGCCGUACAAGAUUGUGCAGACCAUCGAGGCUGGAGAGGCUUGCCUGAGUGUUGUUCCCAGUAAGUGGGAAGCAAACGGUAUACUAUACUGGCCGAAAAAACAUCUCGUAGCAAAGUUAUCACUGGAAGAGGAAUCUGCACCAACCGACAAGUGGGAAACAUUCAACUGCAUUAAGAAGCGAGAAUUUACAAGUCAUGCCGAAGCCUGCAAUGAAAUGCAAAAGAUGGAAGAAAAAUCGGAUACUGAAAUGGAAACGGAGAGUUUGCCAGUGCAAAAGGUACGCCGUCGUGCGGAUAAAAACAUAUAUUUUAAUAAACUAGAUUUCAAUGCCAUCGCCGAACAGCAAAGUGUCAAACAGAUAGCAGUGAACUCCUCUGAACCAGAAGUGUAUCUGGACACUGAGCAUGAGAUGUUUAUUAAUACAAACCAAGAGCAAAUGCAAUUGACGAAAGAGAGCCAAAGUAAUGACUCAACAUCUCAUAUAAUUUACGUCGAGCCUAGUAAUAUUAUUGGCAGUAUGGAACCAACCGAUUUGAUGGCAACUGUUAUCGCAAAUCAGAAUUUACUUCUUGGGAAUCAAAAUAGAAUUAUGCAAUCAUUGGCAAAAAUGAUUACACAGGUGGAGUAUCUUUUGCAAGCAUCCAAUGAAAGAGAAUUUCGUCAUGAUGAACACAUACAAAUUAACAUGGAAAACGGAUUCGAUCCUGUUAAUUCGCUAGAUGAUUUGGACAAGCUGGAGGAUUCUCUCAGACGACAACAUCAUGGAGAAGUAUAUUCGCAGCAUGAGUUUCGUUUGUGGAACGAGCAGAAAGUGCAAUGGGUUAGACUGUUGCUAUAAAUUGGUGGAUUACUUCUUUACCCGCCAAUUCUUGAUUUUAUGUUCCUGGACUGGAAGUUCCAGGAAACCAGUAAAGAAGAAUAACUCCGAUCUAGCCAGAUCUUCGCUUGAGGAUAAUGAUAAGAUUGCGUUAAAAUUUUACAAGAAAAUUCGUGCUCUUUUUCUCAAAUUGAUCGUAUCAGCAGACAGAGAUUUUUCGGAAAUCAACUGCGACAUGUUCUUCAAACGAACAAUGAAAAACAGCAAGCAAAGAGUUGUAGCCAAACAAGCCACCUCCAAACACAGAAAUCGGCCGAAAAAUUUACAUUAUAAAGUCAAGAAACCAGGUCAGAUUUUAGGAAAAGCCACUGAAGUAACAAAUACCAUCACCGAACAAAUUUGAAUCGUAUUAUUCUGUUUUUUUUUAAUACUGACUGAUCCAUUUACUUAAAUACUUAAUCCUUAUAUGAAUAGCAAUGAGAUUUUAAUAGGAACUAAACUCAGGUUACGUUAACAUCAGUUAAAUAAAACUAAAUUGAAGUCAAGAGAUUAUUAGUUUAAUUAUUAAAAAUAAAUCAUAAAGUAUGAAGCAGAGGUAUAAAUACUGUUUCUCUUUUUCCAUUGAUUGGAACAGCUACCAUUUUACACUUGACAUCGGUUAUUUUAUACAAACUAUCACUAUUCUUCUCGAGAGAUGAAACAUAAAUAUUCAAAAAAGAUGAUCUUAUAGGUGUUGUAAAAAAUAAGUUUAACUCUUGUAGUGAGCUGCCAUUAAUCAGAAUAAUUCCAUUGCUUUCGAACGCAUACUUCAUUUGAACUAUUUAGUUUUUGUUAGUUAAAAACCACAUAUUGACAUCUUCGUUUUUCAAACAGUAUUCAUCAGUAUUUUCAUCUUCGAAAAUUGGCUUCUUUAAAUAAGGAUUCGAAGUUUUAUCUUUUUGCAGUUUUUGAUUUACAAAUGAAUCAAUUUCACCGGCUCGUUUCGCUACUUGAGUUAAAGGGUUAUUACCCGUUCGAAUCAAAUUUUUUUAUUUGAUACAAUUUGCUCUCGAACGGAUAUGCAUUGAAAUUUGAUAGAACACCGAAGCGUUUCACGUCGUCUAUUAAAUGACUUAAGUUGUGAAUAUUGCUAGUUAUGAAAUCCUUACCAUAAAUAUCUUCAUAAUUUUCUAUAUAAUGUAUCAGUAACAUUUCAGCUAAAUCUAGUAAAUGAGCAUGUUUGUUAGAAGAACAAAUAGUAACAGCAACAAAUAGUGCCAAAAAGUGCUCAUACACUUUAGACGGUAAAUAAGACUUUAGAA